CUGCAAUCCAUCUACAACAAUCUCAGAAGUAUCGUUCAAGUUCUUGAUGGGGAAGAAAUCAAGAAAAACGCUACGGACCAUCUAAAACGACACGCAGAGAUUUAUGCAUAUCACAAAGAUGCCGAUUAUGAACGAAUAUUACUACGACGUAAAAAGAUUGAAAGCUACAAGGAAACCAGCGAGCGACAAAAACUGGAAAAAACCCAGCAAGCGCAAGCGGAAGCAAAUCGGAAGGAGGAACAGAGAAGAGCCGAAGAAAUGCGUCGCCUGGAACAGGAGAAUAUUGAAAAGGAGAAACUUCGCAAACUUGCUGAGCAGGAAGAGAUUGAUCGUAAAGUGCGAGCGGAAAAGAUGAAAAAGAUACAGGCAACACCAAUUUAUCAGGCGAUCGUAAAAGAUCAUGGCGAAGAGGCAUUCCAGAAUAUGGACCCUGAUUCAGUGCUCCGCGAACAACGCGAUCGGUUGGAUGAGCAGCGUCGUGAGCAACAGGCUCGUCUGCAAAUGCAGGAAAAGAAAUUUGACCAUCUAGUCCGAGCUUACCAUCUGCAGGAGAUGGUUGCUCGUAAGGCACUUUCAGAGGAUUUCGCUCGAAGAGCACCUCUGAAUCACGAGGCUUAUGAGAAGCAUCGUAUUGAAAGCGCCAUCAAAGCGCAUGAAAAUGCAAGUGCAGUGUUCGAGCGAAUGCAGAAGGUACGGAAAGAUAAUGAUGCAGCAGCAUUCCUGGAGUCGGUCCGAAAAGCACAUGCUGAAGAAUUCAACAAGAAGUCGAACGAAUGGGAAAAGAAAUUGCAAGACGAGAAAAGGAAACGGCUUGAGGAGCGCCAUGAGCAGAGAAAGAAGGAAAGGAGGAAGGAGUGGCUUCAGGAGCGUGAAAGAGAAAUGGCAAGGGCUAGGGAGGCAGCGGAACAGGCAAGACGAGAAGAGCAGGAGAAGGAGCGCAGAGCGGCUCGUGAAGCGCAACGGGCACCCAAACGUGAAGUUGUUGAAACUGUUGCGGACACAGAUUCUGACUGGCGUCGAAGUGCACAGCCCACGCAGCCUAGAGCUGCACCCCCGGCAAGGCCCAUUGGAGAACGAUUUGUCGAAGGAGAACGGCAUCGUGAACGUCCGCCCAUUGCAGUUGCUGAAGCCGAUUUUGGACCAUGGACGCGAGGAAACGUCAUCGCACCAACAAGACAACCGGAAGGCCCUGCUCGUACUUUCGAGCGGCCUGCUGUGCCUUCUCGGUUCCCAGAAAGAGAGCAGCAGCGCACUGAGGUGGACACAGCAACGAGUUGGAGGAGAGGACAAGUUAUUCAACGCGAAAGAGAGCCGAUUUCCGGACAACCGGCGAUGGAACGUCGUGGUGAGCCCACUGGUGCACAACUUCAAGACGUACGGGCAUCGGCACCUUCGCAAACUGAUGCUGGACCAUGGAGACGCGGCAUGGUAACCCGUCCUGCCACUACCGAACAAGCUUCCGAUUCAGCAGCCGCUCCCGCAAGCCAACCAUGGCGCCCACGAUUCCGUCAAGCAGAUGGCGCUGCCGUGAAUGGUGCUCCUCCAACAAGGAUAUUGGAAGGAAGUGGCGCUGCGGUGAAUGAACCAAGCACAGCUCGUAGUUUUCCCCAGCAGCAGCAACAACAACGAAGAACAGCAGACGAGGAUUUUAAUUGGCGUAAAAAGUGAUU